AUGAAGAAGUUUGUCUCUGCGACACGGACCUUUGCCAGCCUGGGCCUUGACCCACGUGUGGCGGAAUGUGUGGAGCACGUGGAGUGGGUGAGCGACCUCGUCUGCAAGGCGAGUGAUAAGGUGCUGGAGCAGCUGCUACAGAGCACAGAGGGAGUGGAUAUGAAGAGCGAGCUCCAAGAGCGAAUCAAGAAGCGAAAAGAGGAGGAGGAGAAGAAGAAGAAGGAGAAGGAGAAGGAGAAGAGUGAGAAGAAGCGCAAACGAAAAAGGAAGCGCCGCCGGCGGCGGCGAAGGAAGGGGCCUGGUCAAGGCAAGUCGUCAGCCAUCCCGCAGGUCGAUGGCUUUGGGCCAGAGGACGUUGAUACGCUGCUCGCUGUCAUCUGCAAGAAGAAGGUGCCAGCCCACGAUGUCAGUACAAGAGAGGCCCAGCGCGUGCUGGCACGUGAGCUUCAGCCUCCUCCCACGAAGCAGCCUCGGCGCGCUGUUCGUCCUCAGAAGCGUCCUCGCCACACAACAUGCUCCAAGAAGCAGCCUCGCCGCGCUGUCCGCGCUAAAAAGCAGCCGUACCAAGCACCAGGCCUAUGGGAGGCCCUCAAGGUCUCCACAACAGCCUUCACGCGGCAGACAUCGGCCCUUCGCGGCGUCAGCCGCACAAUGCCAAACGCCACCACCCCAGUCAACACGCCACCACAGAUCAAGGCCAUCGCACACAACCUCCUUGACAUGACCUGCCGAACGCUUCAAGGAGCCCUGAAACUCCACAUCAGGCACGCCCCAGCACGCUGGCUGCGUACUUUCAGGUAUGUGCGGCAGAAAGCAAAGGAGCAAGAGCAGGAGGACCAGGAGGACCAAGAGAAGGACUCAGUUGAGGAUGAUCUUGAGUACGCUGAGCUGCGAGACCUGCUCACAGAUUGCAAGACAAAUGAGGAGCGCCUGGGCUUUGUGUUUGCAGUCAACCAGGCACUGCGGCAGUACAGCCACAUCCGUUACAAGCACCCACCGCUCCUUCCCCUGUUUCGAGGCACAAGACACCUGCGCUUCUCCAAAUCCACGCUGCGCCUCCUCAAGAUACAACCCCGUCAAGGCGAUGGGUCUCGCCUUGAUGACUUCUUCAGCCCAAGGCGCCCUCGAGACCACGAGCGGCUCAAGGAAGCGACGUCCUUCGUAACGGACGGAGUCGCAGCACACGUCUGCCUGCAGGUAGAGGAGAAGCCGAAGGGGGCUGCCAAGAACAAGAAUGGUGGCAAGGUCGUUGCGGAUCAGAAUGCCAGCAAGGACAAGUUGACCAAGAGCCAGCGACGCACAAGAUCCCGUCGUCGCCGUCGCCGUCGCCGUCGCAAGUGUCGCUUGCGUCAGAGGACUGCCCAACCAACCGUGGUUGGGUGCGAUCCCGGCGUACGCGUCCCAGUGACACUGGCUUGCGUACAGACGGGGCGGGUUCUGCGCUACAGGCAACAGCGCUGGGCAAACUUCCUCCACUGUCGCCUUCUCUCGUCGAAGCAGAAAAAGGCGCGACGGGAGAAAAGGCAGGCACACAAGGAAGCAUGGCAAGCAGCGCAGCAAGGCGUGGAGCAGCAGAGACCCAUACGACAUCCCCAUACGAUUGAGGAGCUGGCACACCGCCAGCAUACUCGGACCAAGUUCACAAGACGGCACAGGAAACAACUGCUCCAUGGCUUUUUGGCACGGCGGCGGGACUUGCGCGCGUUUGCGUUGCGAGUCGCUAAAACAUUCCCCGGCGCCAAGGUUUUUUGGGGCGACGCGGCAAGCAACGGCUUCAGAACUCGAGGAGCAGGUCUGCACGGCCCAACGGGACAACUUCGCAAACACAUCAGCAAGCUGCUCGACGUUCAGACUACCAGCGAGUACCGCAGCAGCAAGUACACCUACUGCUGCGGUGUGCAAGGACAAUACUCCUCGGCAACGCGUUUGACGCGUUGCCCGGCAUGCGGCGUCGCGCGAGACCGCGACGUCGUUGGAGCCACCGCCAUCGGGCUUAUCGGUCUCGGCCUGAGACACGAUUUGCCCCUUGGCUUGUGGACUCCACCUGAGAAGCCAUUUUGGCUUCACCCCGGAUCAACACCAACAAGACACCUGCCCAAGACGCCGGAUUUCUCUUUGCGAACCAUUAAGCGUUUGACACACUCGUUCUCUUGCGCAAGCACUCAGUAAAC